AUGAAGAGCCUACUUUUAAUUUUAAUUAUUUUCAUACUACAAAAUUUUUCAAUUGUCAAAGCAAAAUUUGCCAAUCCACAAAUUAUAAAUCCACAAUAUGGUGCGUUGGCAAAAUUUUGGGGAGUAGCAAAUAACGAAGUGCCUAAAUUAUUAAAGAAUGAGAAACUUUUAAUUAUGAUUGACAAUGAAAUAAAACCGUUAUUAAAUGACUUAGAUUUUGGAGGAACCUAUAUAGAUGUAAAGGCAAACAAAAUAGGUUCUUCCGAAAAAGAAGAGACAUUUAAUUCAUCUAUUUUAGCCAUAAAUAGUGCUGUACUUGGUGGAGAUCGUCUUGAACUGGUUAGCAAUGAAGGUGGAAAUCAAACUUACGAUUUUGGAAGUGCAGGUUUUUGGGUGCGAGAUCAAAAUGGUCGAGAUUAUUUAUUAACCGCUGGACAUCUUGUUCUUGGAGAAAAUAUAACUUCUAUGACUUUUUAUCAUAUAUCCGCUCAAUUAAAUAAUUUAAUUAGUCCAGUAGUUAUGAAUAAUGUUAUUCCAUUUGACUAUAAAUUAUUAAUUAAGGAUGCUGUAGAUAUAAUUACUCCUGGGGUUCAUGUAUGUAAAACCGGUUAUAAGACAGGAACUACUUGUGGUGAAGUUACAUCACGUAAUACAGUAGAAAGAUCUGAAAGUGACCUUGUUAUAGGAGUUCUCAAAUUACUCUUGUUUGUUGCUGCAGGUGAUAGUGGUGAUUCUUUAUGUCAUUAUAGGGAAGAUGAGUUACCAUACGUGGAUGCAGUUGGCAUAAUAAAAGGUGGAGAUGUUAUUAGAAGUAUUGCCGUAGGCAUACCAAUACUUAUUCCUUUACAAAAUCAUGGGAUGUUUCUUGUACAUUAUUAG